AGGUCCAUUUAUGCUACUCCAUUUCAGCAACUUUUAUACAUCUUCCAUUACUAUUUUUUUAAGCAAACUUUCUGCAGGAAAAUUGUACCACAAAUCUCGGGAAAAAGAAAAAAAAAUAUGACAUCUAUGAAUCGUGUUGAUUCAUGGGUUCAAGCUUGUUUGGUUUUCAAUCAAACUUUACCCUAUAAAUCCUUCAGUGGAUUCAUGAAAAUCCCUCUGAAAAACCCAAGAUUUUUGAAACAAACUUUACCCUAUAGACCCUUUUCUUCUAUAAGUGUUUCAGCUAUUGCUACCAAAGAAGAUGAGAAAGUUGUUAAGGAAGAAGAAGAAGAAGAAGAAGCACAAAUGGAACAGCAAUUCAAUUUCAAGGUUUACGUAGCUGAAAAGGCGAUUUCUGUUAAUAAAGCUUUGGAUGAGGCUAUUAUGGUAAAAGACCCACCUAUGAUCCAUGAAGCAAUGCGUUAUUCCCUUCUCGCAGGCGGGAAGAGGGUCCGGCCAAUGCUCUGCCUCGCCGCCUGUGAGCUUGUUGGGGGAAAUCAGUCUAAUGUCAUGGCGGCUGCUUGCUCCGUUGAGAUGAUACAUACUAUGUCUCUCAUUCAUGACGAUUUACCUUGUAUGGAUAACGACGAUCUCCGUCGUGGAAAGCCUACGAACCAUAAAGUGUACGGUGAGGAUGUGGCGGUCCUCGCCGGAGAUGCGCUCCUCGCUUUCGCCUUCGAGUACCUCGCCACGGCUACAAUCGGUGUUUCUCCGUCGAGGAUCCUCGUCGCCGUCGGCGAAUUGGCGAAAUCUAUCGGAACGGAAGGGUUAGUAGCUGGACAAGUAGCGGAUUUAGCUUGUACUGGUAACCCUAAUGUGGGAUUAGAAACGCUCGAAUUCAUUCACAUACACAAAACGGCGGCGUUGCUGGAAGCAUCCGUUGUACUCGGAGCAAUCCUCGGCGGCGGAUCAGAUGAAGAAGUGGACAAGUUGAGGAGAUUCGCUAGAUGCAUCGGAUUAUUGUUUCAGGUGGUGGAUGAUAUCCUUGACGUGACAAAGUCGUCGUCGGAGCUCGGCAAAACCGCUGGAAAAGAUUUGGCGGUCGAUAAAACGACAUAUCCGAAACUGCUGGGAUUGGAAAAGGCUAAGGAUUUUGCGGCGGAGCUCAACCGGGAAGCUAAACAACAGCUGGCGGAGUUUGAUCCAUACAAAGCUGCUCCAUUGAUUGCUUUGGCAGAUUACAUUGCUUAUCGUGAAAAUUAGGACUUUUUCUGGGAAUUUUUUUGUUUUAUCAAGUAAUUGAAUAUUGUUCUUCAUCCAAUUAAGAUUAUUUAUUAAUGAAUCAAUUCGAUUUUAAGUCGUGGAAUUAA